AUUGUUAAAUGGUUUCUUUUACAGGAAGGGCAGAGUGGACUUCCUAAAAGCUAUGGCCGACGCCCUGGCUGCAGGUUCGGGCGCGUUCCCGCGGGGACCCCACUCCCCGGACCCCUUGUUGUCCCCAAUGUCCAAGCUGGCUCACUGCUUCACGGGACUCGGCGCGACGCAGACCGGUGACACCCCCCGCCGUUGCCUGGACCUUUCUAACAUCAGCACUGGAAGUGCCGACGUCGCCGUUGGACCAGAAUCCCCAUGCAGCGCACCUCUCUCCGACCACGCCCAGUCUCCACAGCAGGACUCACCUGUGCCCAGAAAUAGCAGAAUGAAGCGGCUCAAGUCUUUUCUGCCUAGGCUGUUGUGCAGCAGUCCGAAGCCAAACUCUGACAGUCACCGGCAGGGGGGACCUCACGACACAAACAAGGAGAAUGUGGCCACCUGGAGCGAGCGGCAGACCCAGGUGCAGUGCCUGCUGCAGGCCCCAGACCCACAGACAGAGGGCAGCGGUGAGCUGAGCGCCCUGGGCAGCCCCAUCUCAGCCAUGCCCCUCUCCCCCGCGGCGGACUUCCGGGGGGCCGACGACUCGGACGGCUUCAUGGAGGUGCUGGAGGAGCAGGAAGUGGAGAGCUCGACCGCUGUCCACAUGUCCUCCAGCAUGGCUCAACUGCUCUCUGACCCCCUGAUGAACCAGGAAGUGGAUUUCUCCUCUGUGGCACUGUUCCAGCGGGAGGGUCGACGCCUGUUCCGCUCGCCCUCUAUGCCCGAGCGGCUGGACCGGCCGCGCCUGAAGAGAGCCCCGCCCCCCCCGACGGCCGACCCGCCAAUCAAGCGCCACAGAACUUUCCCCGCCAUCACGGAGGAAGAAGGGACCCAGGACGGAGGAGAAAAUGGAGGGACGGAGGGCAGGAAGAGGAGGUAUCUCUUGAAGAAGACUCACUCUCUCUGUGAGGUCACCCAGCACAUGGGUGGGGACGGUGUGAAUGCUGAGCUCAUUGGUGACUUCAGCAAGGUGUACGCUCUUCCCACUGUGAUGGGGAGACACGAGGACCUGAAGUACAUCACUGCAGACACAAUGUGUGCCCUGCUGAGUGGGGAGUUCAGCAGCCUCAUCGAGUCCUUUGUGGUGGUGGACUGUCGCUACCCUUACGAGUUUGAGGGAGGCCACAUCAAGGGGGCGCUAAACCUGCCCAACACGGACGAGGCGGUGGCUCACCUGCUGAGGCAGAGGCUGCAGGCCCGUUGCCCCGAGAAACGGCUGAUUCUGGUGCUGCACUGCGAGUUCUCCUCUGAGAGAGCGCCGAGAACGUGCAGACUGUUGCGUAGACAGGACCGCAGUUUGAAUGAGUAUCCUGCUCUGAUCUACCCAGAGGUCUAUGUGCUCAAGGGUGGAUACAGGGACUUCUACCACCUCUACAGGCAUCUCUGCGAGCCGCAGUCGUACUGCCCAAUGCACCACGAGGAUCACCGGGACGAGCUGCUUCGGUUUCGCACCAACAGCAGAGCCUCCGCCGAGGAACGCCGGCGUCGCGAGCACAUCACCCGCCUCAUCAAGCUCUGAGCCAAUCGAAACACUGCCUGUCGCCAUCGCUUGCCAAGCGGGUUGGGACAGCUUUUUACGUGCACACGCUGAAGGCGGAGUGUACCGUCAUGAACUGAUACUUGAAACGGGACCUUUAUGUCCAUGACAUCGCACAGGCGGAUGUGCUUUCCUUUGUGAGGUCAUCGGUGAGGGGGAGUGACUUGGGGGGUGAGCAGGCCCGCCCCUUUUUUAGACCGCCAAUCAUCGCAAAACCAGAACUUGACCAAAACGACUGCCUCUUCGUGCCUUCCUUAUUUUUUUUUUUACAUUUCUUUUUAUUUUAAUUUUUAAGGUGUGGAUGGCGGCUUUAACACAGGGGACUGUGCAGAUUUCUGAAAGUGCUACGCUGCCAUGACAACCGCGUUCCGCAAACAGCAGACCGUAAUGGGGCCGUCCCGCCUGUUUGUUCCUCUCCUCUUUUUCGUCUCUUCGCCGCGCCUGACCCUCCCAGAAAUGGGAAUUUCAGAUGCAAUCCACCGCGCCGCCUUCCUCCCUGGCAGAAAUGGUGGUUGUCGUGGUGCAGCGGUGCAGGAAUGCUAAUACCUGGCAGCGCAGGGAAAACUACGCGGUGGACGUGGUUUGGGAAUGUCUCUGAACUCCGAGCUGGACGUCCCGUCGGGGAAAAGGGCUGAAGAUCAGCUCAUUUUAGUUUUAUGAUUUGAGAGAGGGAACAUAAGAGAGAGAGAGAGCAGAGAAAGAGUGAGAGAGAGAUGAACAUUUUACUCUUGAAUUUGAUUUGAAUGUUUUAUCCUGUUUUCAGAAUUUCUACUCUGUCAGUUUUCUGCUAAUGCUUCCAUUUAUUAUUUUUUCCAUUAAAAACAACCAUUUUUA